AUGGCGGCGAUUGCUUCCCCUCAGCCUGCUAUGGUGCCUAGCACCCCACCCGAUUCAGCGUUCUCGAAAGCAUGCGAAGUUUCUGAAUUAGUCGAGGUUCAGGAGCUUCGGGGGCAUGACGAUCGCGUGUGGAGCGUCUCAUGGUCGCCGGACGGAGCCCUCCUGGCCUCAUGCAGCGGCGACCGUUGUGUCCGGAUCUGGGGUCGAGAAGCCGGACCGUCAUCCUCUUUCAUUUGCAAGGCAAUUUUGGAAGACACGCACUCCAGGACCAUUAGAUCAUGCGAGUGGUCACCAGACGGAAGGUUCCUCGCAACAGCCAGCUUCGACAACACGGUGGCUGUUUGGGAAAGGACUGGGUCAAACGAUGCCGACUUCGAGUGUCUUGCUGUGCUCGAGGGCCACGAGAGCGAAGUGAAGUCCGUGGCAUGGAACUCCACCAGCUCCCUGCUAGCUACCUGCAGCCGGGACAAGAGCGUGUGGAUCUGGGAGGUGCCAGGUGGCAGCAGCGGAAUGGCUGGACUGAUCGGUGUGGGUCCUGCGUCUGACUUUGACUGUGUGGCGGUGCUGCAUGGGCACACUCAGGACGUGAAGAUGGUGCGCUGGCACCCCAAGCAUGACUGGCUCGUGUCUGCCAGCUAUGAUGACAGCAUCAAGGUCUGGGCUGCGGAGGUGGAGGGUGAAGACGAUUGGUCAUGCGUGCAGACGCUUGAUGCUGCAUCUGGGGCAGGGCACUCGUCCACAGUCUGGGCUAUCUCCUUUGAUGCUACAGGACACUACAUGGCAUCCUGCAGUGACGAUCUGACCGUUAAAAUCUGGGAUACAAGUCGGGAGCCAUCGGAUGUGAGGACCUCAGAAGGGAGUUCAGGGAGCAAGCCUUCAGCAAAGGGAUGGUCACAUGUGUGUACACUUUCAGGCUUCCACGACCGCACCAUCUUCCAUGUUGACUGGUCGAUGGUUCAUGGGUUGAUUGCCACAGCAGCAGGAGAUGACUGCAUACGAGUCUUUUCUUUCUCCGGCCUCCCUCGCUCAGAGCCUGAUGCUGACAGAGAGGGGAGUGGCGAGGAGGCAGGGGAGGCAGGGGCAGCAGGGGUGGUAGGGGCAGCAGGGGUGGUAGGGGCAGCAGGGGUGGUAGGGGCAGCAGGGGUGGUAGGGGCGGCAGGGUUGGCCGAGGAGGCGGGAAGCAGGCCCCAGCUGUUGAUCCGGAAGACGCAUGCACAUGGCACAGAUGUGAACUGCGUGAGAUGGAACCCCAAGAAUCCCCAUCUGCUGGCAUCAGGGGGAGAUGAUGAGAUGGUGAAGAUCUGGGAGCUUAGAGCCACGUGGCUGCUGCAUUGCCCUCCCAGAGAUAAUUCAGCAUCCUCAGCAGUCGCAACAGCUGCAGCAGCAGAGGCGGCAGCAGCAGCAGCAGCAGCAGCAGCAGCAGCAGCAGCAGCAGCAGCAGCAGCAGCAGCAGCAGCAGCAGCAGCAGCAGCAGCAGCAGCAGCAGCAGCAGCAGCAGCAGCAGCAGCAGCAGCAGCAGCAGCAGCAGCAGCAGCAGCAGCAGCAGCAGCAGCAGCAGCAGCAGCAGCAGCAGCAGCAGCAGCAGCAGCAGCAGCAGCAGCAGCAGCAGCAGCAGCAGCAGCAGCAGCAGCAGCAGCAGCAGCAGCAGCAGCAGCAGCAGCAGCAGCAGCAGCAACAGCUGACGUGCUAGAGCUAGCAGAAGUCCCUCUCGCUGAGGUCCCUCCCACGACGACUGGAGAUCCAUGGAGCGCAAUGCUCGUCUUCACGCGGCUGUUGUGGGAGGCAGGUGAGUCAGCUGUUCGCCUGUCAUGGAGGAUUUCUCUAACUGAAGCCCCUUCCACGCGCGCUGGAGCGUGCUGGAGAGCAAUGCAGGCUCUCAUGCGGCUGCUGUGGCACUUAGCGGCAGACAUGGACGAAGCGCUGUUCUCUUAG